GGGGGAAAAAAAAAACCUAGAACAGUUCUGAGGACUUAUAUUCAAAUACUCUCGGGAAUUGCUCUCGUCUGAUAUUCUCCUUUCUCUUUCUCUCUCGUUUUUCUGAAUUUUGAUAUCGGAAUCAAUUGAUGGAUAGUACUCACCAAGGUGGCAAUGGUUCCAAUGAGAAGUCUAGCGAGCAAGAAACUCAAAGUGAAAUAGUUGAUGUUAACUUGAACAAUAACAUUGCACAACAAGUUGAUAAAUUAAAGUCAAAAGAACUUGUUCUGGAACGAAGGGUUAGCCCAAGACUUAAAAGUAUACCCCAAGAUAAAAAACCAUAUUAUGGUAGUGAUUGGAGAAAACAUUCAGUUACUCCAGAGGAUGAUAAUAAUCAUAGGAAGAGGGAAUUGAAUUCCCUUAGAGAUAAUUCUGGCAAUGGCAAAAAACUAAGUAAGCUUAAUCACUCAAUCAGGGAGUGCCAACCUGAUUUGGAUAAAAAAGAUGUAGAAGAUAGAAGCAGUAGAUGUGAGUCUGUUCCUAUUGGACAUGCUGGUACAGAAAUUUUGGACUUACAGGAUGGUGAUGCAGAGAUUGUGGAGUUAGAGGAAGAUGCUUAUCUGAAAUGGACAGACUAUGAGGGUUUUCUAGCUGAAAGUAUCCUUCAAAUGGCCAAUGAAAGGGUGGAACAGACAAUGCAGAUUUUUAACAAAUAUUGCCUUCAUUUUGCUCAGGAAGAGGAUAAGAGAUGUAAGAAGCAAAAGGGCGAUACAAAUAAACAUGGAAAUUCAAUUACUAAUGCUACGCGAUCUAUUAGGAGACCUGAUCUUAAGGCAACUACCAAGAUGCAAAACAAAAAAGAAGUCUUAUACCCUGAAAAGAUCAUUGGCCAUUUACCGGGUAUUGCUGUUGGACACAAAUUUAACUCUCGAUCUGAAAUGGUUGCUCUCGGUUUUCAUGGACAUUGGUUGAAUGGAAUUGAUUACAUAUCAAAAUUUUCUGGAGGACAGAAGAAGCGUGAUGGUUACACCUGCCCACUAGCAGUAUCAAUUAUUAUGUCUGGAGAAUAUGAAGAUGAUGUUGAUUACUCAAACGAAGUUGUGUAUACAGGACAAGGUGGAAAUGGGAAUCAAACUAAAGAUCAAGUUUUGCUCCGUGGAAAUUUGGCUCUCAAGAAUAACAUGGAGCAAUUUGUACCUGUUAGAUUCAUCCGUGGACAUAGUUCAAAACCUGGUUGUCGCAGCCGCAAAGUUUACACAUACUGUGGCUUGUACAAGGUAGUGAAUUGCUGGACUGAGAAAGGUGCUUCUGGAUGUUUUGUUUAUAAGUUCCGUUUAAAGCGACUUCUAGGACAGCCCAAAAUGGACAUAGAUCAGGUUCAUUUUGGACGAGCAGGAGUGUCUAAUGCUUCUCCAAGAUUAGCUGGCUUGCUAUGUGAAGACAUUUCUUACGGUGAAGAAGAUAGAUGUAUUCCUGUAACCAAUGUGAUAGACGUUCCUCCAAUUGCACCUGCAGAGUUUAAAUAUACCAAAUCCGUUGAAGUUGCAAGAAAUAUUACAGUUCCUCCCAGUGCCUCUGGAUGCAGUUGUAAAGGAAAUUGUACAAAUUCGGAAUCUUGCUCUUGUGCUCAACUUAAUGGCGCUGACUUUCCUUAUGUGCAGAAAAAUGGUGGCAGACUAAUUGAACCAAAGGAUGUGGUCUACGAAUGUGGACCAGGAUGUGGAUGUGGACCUGAAUGCAUUAACCGAGUUUCUCAGAGGAAAUUAAAAUACCGACUUGAGGUCUAUCGCACAGAGAACAAAGGUUGGGCUGUCAGGUCUUGGGAUGCUAUUCCUUCUGGUGCUCCAGUAUGUGAAUACACUGGACUUCUUAGAAGGAAUGAUGAGUUAGAUAAUGUCUCAGAGAAUGACUACAUAUUUGACAUUGACUGCUGGCACACAAUGAAAGGAAUAGGGGGAAGAGAGAGGCGACAAGGUGAUGUGACUUUACCUACAAGUGAUCUUGCAGAUAAAGAAGACGAUAACCUGGCAGAGAGCGAGUCUGAGUUUUGCAUAGAUGCAGGUUCCUGUGGUAAUGUUGCCAGAUUUAUUAAUCACAGCUGCCGACCGAAUCUAUUUGUCCAGUGUGUUUUAAGCUCCCAUCAUGAUAUUAGACUUGCUCGGGUUGUGCUAUUUGCUGCUGAUGACAUACCUCCUAUGCAGGAACUUACUUAUGACUAUGGUUAUGUACUAGAUAGUGUUAUUGGUCCUGAUGGGGAAAUAAAACAGGCACCGUGCUUCUGCGGUGCAGACGAGUGUCGAGGACGUUUGUAUUAAGGCAAUCAAAGGCUUGUAAGUUGAGGUUGUACCAUUUUUUGCAGUUGAGCUGCAUUCUCUCAUUCUUGAACUGUUUUUCCCUAUCCUUUACCUGAAAGAAGUAAAGCCGGGCGAUAUAUAGUGUUGUAUUUGAUGUAUAAUACUAUAAUUACACCUUCAUUUGGGAGUUUCACCAUGUAUCUUAAUAUGUGAUCGCAUACAUUCUUGGUGUUA